CGCCUUUCUCAUUACCAGUUUUUUCACCGGCGAUUUUCCGGCGUUGUUGCUCGUCAUCUUCAACGAGAAACUGUGAACUCACCAUGAAUCGCAGCCCCAGAAAGCAUCGGUUCAUUCCUAAAGCUCCUCAACGGAACCGCAAGCCCUCUGCUCCCAAACCUGAGAAAGGUGAUGGAGAUGCAGAAGGUGCAGACGCCAGAAAUCUCAUCGCACGUUUCAAUAAUAUACAGGGGCUACAAAGACCUAAAGUUGAAAAGAAAUCUUCAGCUCAAGUUGCAUUUGGCCCUGGUGCUGAGUCUUCGUCGGAAUUAAUAAGGACAUUUGGUUCUCAAAGAGCUGGGGAUGCUAAAGAAACUUGCUCUGCGACUAACAUUUCUGCUGCUUGUAACAGGCAAUUCAAUGGUAUUAGUUCUUUGCACUAUGAAAGUGAUGGAUUCUCAUCAGAUAGUAGCUAUGAAUCGGCACCAAAUACCAAGAAAGAAUACAGGGAACCUUGGGAUCUCAAUACUGGUUAUCCUCCCAUCACUCUUCCUCUGAGAAAACCCGACUCUUGUGACCCAGAGGUUCUUGAUGAGGCAGAGUUUGGGGAAGAUGCAACAAAGGCGGAGUAUGAUGAGAACACUAUUAAUGCUGCUAAAGAGCUUGAUCUGCUGGAGGUUUGUGGGGAACCAGUGCUGCUUUUUUUUAAGCUUCCUCCUCAGCUACCCUUAGAUAAGUCGUCAGCGAACACGAAGGGAAAAGAGAAAGCUGAUAGCUCAGGGGUUGUAAAGAAGUGCUCUGACUUGGAACAGAUGCCUGCGGGAUACAUGGGGAAAAUGCUGGUUUACCAGAGUGGCAAAAUUAAGUUGAAGCUGGGGGAAACACUGUAUGAUGUCACCCCUGGUUUGCAUACCAAGUUUGCCCAGAAUGUUGCUGCCAUCAAUACCGAAGAGAAGCAGUUCUGCAACAUUGGAAACCUUGUGAAACGGCUAGUUGUUACUCCAGAUAUUGAUUCCCUCCUAAAUUCUGUGAAUGACUCGAGAUUGUCUGAAAAGAAACAGAGAAUGGUAUCACUCUGAAAAAAUCAGAGUUCAGGAUCAUCUAGAAGAAAGAGUUAAAAGAAUUCUUAAAAGAUUUGAGCAUGGCAGGGAAGCUGUACCCUGAAUGGGAAUGUAUAUGAACCAUGAUUUUAGCUAACACAAGACUAGAACUGUAUAGCAAUGCUGACUGGAUAUUAUAUUUACAAGCAAUAAUUUAGCUAGAAGAUGCAGUUAUUUACAUUGCUUUGGGAAUAAUAACUUAACCAAAAGUCUAAAACAUUAGUUCAACCCUGCUGGGGAUUGAGUCUGAUACAAGUUGGCGAAUGGGAUUUGCACAAACCUGUCAUGUCAACAAAUUAUAGUCAAGCCUUAUGGGCUCGAGAAACAACCACAAUCAACAGGACCACAACUGAUAGCAAGAAUGAUGUCCUCAGCUUUUCGUCGAAUGAAUCUGUAGUUCCUGCUAUUGCCUUCUCAUGUUCAGGAGGGUGAGGCCUAAAUAACUCAUUUACAAUCUUUGUUAUUUUCUCCAUAACUUCCAUGACCUUUGCCUUGGUGUUGUCAAAAAUCGACUUCACAAUAUUCACUGCUCUAUUGGGGUCGUCAGAAUCCUCAGCUGCGUUUAUCAUUGAAAUUACAUAUCAUGGUAAUUGGUAACAACUAAUUAAUGUAUUUCUAAAGCUUAUGGUUUUCCAUGGCCAUGGCUCUUUCCCAAGAUGGUGACUUUAUUCAAUGUAACAAUCGUAACGGUUCUAAAGAUUAUGAGAGCAAGAUCACCAGUGAAUAAUCAGUUUUAAGCCCU